AUGGAGCCCAAGAAAUCUAAAGAUUUGGAAAUGUCCCAGAGGAAAUCAGUGAGUGGUUCAUGGAAAACUGGUGAUGAACUGGCCACGGUGAGGCCUGAGUUAGUCUCAGAAGAGGAGGCUGCCCGCUCUGACCGGGAGAUCCAAGACAGAAAAUCCCAUCACCACACCCCGAUUCAGAGAAACUCCAUCUUCAAUCGCGCCGUGAGACACAGAAGCAAAGCUCAGGCCAAAGACAGCUUCAAUCGGAAUGCCAGCCGCCUGGCAGAUUCACGAGAAAAUGGAAAGUCUGUAAAUGAGCCCCUGACCUUGAGUUUCCCCCAGAGCAGAAUGCCUCCCUGGAGAAUACCAACGCAGACAGGCCCAGGAGCCCUGAAAACGAGCGAGUCGUCCUCCACCCCGGGAAAUGGGACCACACCCGAAGAGUGCCCGGCCCUCGCCGACAGCCCCACCACGCUCACCGAGGCCCUGCAGAGGAUCCAUCCCAUUCCCGCCGACUCCUGGAGAAACCUCAUUGAGCAAAUAGGGCUCCUGUAUCAGGAAUACCGAGAUAAAUCAACUCUCCAAGAGAUCGAAACCAGGAGGCAACAGGACGCAGAAAUACAAGGCAGUGCCGAUGGGUCCCCAGCCAGCGAGGACACUCCAGAGGACGAGGAGGGGGACGAGGAGGAGGAGUUGGCCAGCCCGCCCGAGAGGAGGGCUCUGCCCCAGAUCUGUCUGCUCAGUAACCCCCACUCGAGGUUUAACCUCUGGCAGGAUCUUCCGGAGAUUCGGAGCAGUGGGGUGCUGGAGAUCCUGCAGCCCGAGGAGAUCAAACUGCAGGAGGCCAUGUUUGAGCUGGUGACCUCCGAGGCCUCCUACUACAAAAGCCUGAACCUGCUCGUGUCUCACUUCAUGGAGAAUGAGCGGCUGAAGAAGAUCCUGCACCCGUCCGAGGCACACAUCCUCUUCUCCAACGUCCUGGAUGUCAUGGCCGUCAGCGAGCGGUUCCUCUUGGAGCUGGAGCAUCGGAUGGAAGAGAACAUUGUCCUCUCUGAUGUGUGUGACAUCGUGUACCGUUACGCGGCCGACCACUUCUCCGUCUACAUCACCUACGUCAGCAACCAGACCUACCAGGAGAGGACCUACAAGCAGCUGCUCCAGGAGAAGGCAGCCUUCCGGGAGCUGGUCGCCCAGCUGGAGCUCGACCCCAAGUGCAAGGGGCUGCCCUUUUCCUCCUUCCUCAUCCUGCCUUUCCAGAGGAUCACGCGCCUCAAGCUGCUCGUCCAGAACAUCCUGAAGAGGGUGGAGGAAAGGUCGGAGCGUGAGUGCACUGCCUUGGACGCCCACAAGGAGCUGGAGAUGGUGGUGAAGGCAUGCAAUGAGGGCGUCAGGAAGAUGAGCCGCACGGAGCAGAUGAUCAGCAUUCAGAAGAAGAUGGAGUUUAAGAUCAAGUCGGUGCCCAUCAUCUCCCACUCCCGCUGGCUGCUGAAGCAGGGCGAGCUGCAGCAGAUGUCGGGCCCAAAGACGUCCCGAACCCUGCGGACCAAGAAGCUCUUCCGCGAAAUUUACCUCUUCCUCUUCAACGACCUGCUGGUCAUCUGCCGGCAGAUUCCCGGAGACAAGUACCAGGUGUUUGACUCGGCCCCUCGGGGCCUGCUCCGGGUGGAGGAGCUGGAGGACCAGGGCCAGACGCUGGCCAACGUGUUCAUCCUGCGGCUGCUCGAGAACGCCGACGACCGGGAGGCCACCUACAUGCUGAAAGCAUCCUCUCAGAGUGAGAUGAAGCGCUGGAUGACCUCACUGGCCCCCAACAGGAGGACCAAGUUCGUUUCGUUCACAUCCCGGCUUCUGGACUGCCCCCAGGUCCAGUGCGUGCACCCGUACGUGGCCCAGCAGCCUGACGAGCUGACGCUGGAGCUCGCUGACAUUCUCAACAUCCUGGACAAGACUGAAGAUGGGUGGAUCUUUGGUGAGCGACUGCAUGACCAGGAGAGAGGCUGGUUCCCCAGCUCCAUGACUGAGGAGAUCUUGAAUCCCAAGAUCCGGUCCCAGAACCUCAAGGAAUGUUUCCGUGUCCACAAGAUGGACGACCCACAGCGCAGCCAGAAUAAGGACCGUAGGAAGCUGGGCAGCCGAAAUCGGCAAUGACCCCUGCCUGGGCCGCCAGCCUGGAGGAGGGAUGUGGUCGGGCAGGAGCAGGGC